AUGUUAUUGGCGAAGUCUGGUACCUUUCUGGCCCUAUUACUGAAUUUCUGGCUGUGCUCAGUUAAGGUGAAAGUUGGCUCCUGGCCAUGCAGCCACGAGCAACUAGUUUUUUCAACCAUAUCUUUCUUUUCAGAUGCAGUACCGACAGGUCUUUUAAUAACUUUCAUUAAUACUGACCCUAUCCUACUAAAGCACCCAUGUCCAAAUGUAUUUGAUGGAGGAAUUUCACCAGCGAUUUACCUUGGGAAGAACGUGUUUGUCAGUUUUGAUAGAUUUGAGAGUAGCCUUCUGCCAGUUUCCAUCCCAAGUCACUUUACAACUUCACCUGCCAGGGCCAGCGCUGCCAUCUUUGUGCAGACCAAGCGGAUGGUGCUAGUGAUAAAUGGAGAAGUCUUUAUUUAUUACUAUAGGAGAUGGGACACAUGGGCAAAAGCAAUCGGGAUUAAUAAUCCAGUUACUGAGCUUUCAAACUCUCAUUGCUGCUAUGCACCACAAGAUCCUGUCUGCAAUGAAAUCAGUAAUCUUGUUCUGGCAUAUGACACAGGCAGUUUGGCGAGUGAGAGUCAGAUCUUUUACUCAAAAGAUGGAGGAUACACAUUUCAGUCUUUUCUGAGCAGGCCAUACAGGGAUGGCCAACUGCUUGGUGUCUACAAUUUUGCUUCCUCAUCAGAAAUUGGAAUGUUCCUCAAUCAGAGUGAAAAUAGUUCUGUAACUUAUUAUUUCACGUAUGGCAACUUAGAAUAUAUGAGAGAUGAAACAGGCACACCGUUUGAGAUAGACAUACAUGAAAAUGAAGAACUGCUAAUGAUACAUCCCCCUGGCCUGAGAGGUUUUAUCAUGUUAUCGACUGAGGACGUAUUUGUGAGCUCCUCCAACAAUGGACUAACAACAGAAGAGAUCAAGGUACUUCCCAGAGACAGCUAUCGGAACACGUCCCUCCCUGAACAUGAUGUUGGUGUUUGCUUUGUGGCUGCAACCAGUACUGAAGUUGCAGUCCUCACUAAAAAUCAACUUUUUUAUGGAAGUCUGCAUAUGACAUUCAGCCAGCUGGUGCAUCUUGGGGAAAAUAAUACCACAAGCCCUUGUGACGUGCUGAUGUUUGAGAACACUGGAACAGUUAGCAUAAUCCGCCCUGUUCAAAGCAACACAACUGCAUAUUUUCGUUUUCAGAAAUGCACCAUCAACAUACAGGCUAGGCUCAUGACAUUGCAACCACCACUGGAGCCCUGUCCUGUAGAGAUACUUAGUGGCAAUUUUCAUAACAAAAUGUAUUAUAUUGAUAUGAAGCAGGAGCUUUAUUUUAAUGUCACAUUUGUGCCCAAACCUGGCACUGGGGCCCAUCCAUAUGUAACUGUGAGCAAUCCUCAUGUACUGGCAUUCCAAGCACAAGUUGUCCAGGAUGGCUAUUCUAAUGAUGGAAACCCAAAAUACAGUUUGCAAAUUAAAUUGAUAGAGCAGCAGUUCUCAGGCAUGUCUCAUCAGGAUUUUCAAAAUAACUCUCGAUACAGAAAGCUGUCUUCCAUCACUGUGGACAUCUACAAUAAAGGCAUAUUCUGUAUUGAUAUGCAUCCAUUGACAGCUCUUAUUGCAAUGGACUGUCCACCUAAGAAACAUAUCAGAAUUGUUAGGACUACAACAGUAUGCAGCAAAGGCCUCUUUGAGAAACGCUUACUGCAGAAUUUCACAUAUUCAAUUGAUCGGAAUGUAUAUGACCCUAUGUUCCGUGGCAGAAAACGUUUAGCACAGGAAGACCUUCAUGUUACCUAUGAAUACGAUGUCUGGGGAUGUCCCCUUCUCAUAUAUUAUGACAGUCCAUGGCUUCCACUUCUUGAACUGUGGGACAAUGAUAAAUUUGUGGAAUACAUUCCUGCUGAUUUUGUAUUGCUUGAAAUAAAUGGAAUGCAUAAUUAUGAUUAUCUCCUGACCGAAGUAGAAGCUAAUUGUAUGUCUCAGGCUCAGAACUGGAUCACACAAAUGAACAGUGAUCGUGAACUGGACCUAAAUACUACAUGGACCAGAAUUAAUUAUGAGAGUUGCAAGGUGCCGAGAGGAAAUGACUCUUUACCAUCAGCUUCCACAAAGUAUCAAGUUCUAAACAAGAAUGAAAAGAAUAGAAUUUUAUUUCCCCAGUACAAUGGUAUUUAUGUCUUUAAAGUCAUUGUUGUAGACACAUUAUAUAGCUAUUGUGAACUAACAACAGUUUUCAGUGUAUAUGUGCAUGGUGCCCUCCCAAAGUCUCACAUCAAUGCUGGUAAAACUCUGGUUAGUUUUCUGGUACUCAUAUUUGGCUCAAUGUUGAUGGUGUACUACUUCCCUAAAUUGCUGAAGGAAAAUGCAAGAAUGAAAUCAGUUUGGUCCUAA